UGUUUAAAGGGAGCCAGGGUGGAGGAUCUGAGGAAAAGGCAGAGCUGCAGCCAGACCUUCCCUCAUCUCUCUGCCUACCAGGACCACCUCCCGCUCGUGCCGGCACUGCGGCUGCAUUGCACUCUCUCUCUCCUUCCCCCUCUCUCUCUUUCUCUCUGUUUCUCUCUCUCUCUCCUCUCCCCUCCCUCCUCUGCCUCCUCUCUAAAGCUACCUGACUCCCCUCUCUUUCCCUCUGUCCGUUCCGGAGCACUGACAAAAGUACUUUCUGAGCUGCAUCAUCUCUCAAGGCAGCUGCCCCUUCUUCUUCUUUUUAUACUAUUUAUUUUUUCAUUUUCUGCAUUAACUUCUUGACCCCCUAUUGCCAAAAUGUACCGGAACCCGUGGAUUUCCAACUACUUGAGUCACGUCAAGUUUUGCAGUCAAGGUCUCGGGAGUGACACCCCCGUUAAAGCCAGCCACCCCCGGUUGCUGCAGAAAAGGGCGCUCAGCUUCCAGAAAGAAUUCUCCUUUGACGAAACCGAGGAUCCAGCCAAAAGCACCAAGGAUAUAGAUGUUAGCCUCUUGGCCAAUCUCCCCAAAGUGUCUGAAUUAAGGAAAAGAUUUGAAGGCAUUACCACAAGUGCAAGUGACUGUGAAAUGAACAGAAAGGAGCGCAUCGCUCGACGGCUGGAGGGCAUCGAGGGCGAGGUGCAUCCAUCCCUGCUGCCCAGUUUGGUAGCCAAGCGUCUCCUGGAGGAGGACUUGCCUCGGUACACCAGGGCCUCGGACCCGCUGGAGCCCCGCGCUGUGCCAGUCCAGCAGUAUGACCCAGAGGGGAUGGAGAGCUCAGAUAUGGUGAAGUCUCCGGAGCGACGGUCCAGAACUCAGUCCAGGCCCGAGCCUCAGUCCUCCAUCCACAUGGAACCGGUCCACAGAACAGCUUCUAGCGCCGGCGCCCCGGAGCUGGAGUCCAAGGCCGACCGCAUCGCCCGCUACAAGGCGGAGCGCCGCCGGCAGCUGGCCGAGCGCUACGGCAUCUCUCUGGAUCAGGAGCCGGACUUGGAUUACCCACCCCGCCGCAUCCGGAAAGAGUCGGACAGCUCGGAGAGGUAUAACCGAGGAGAGGAGGACGGGGACAUCACCCUGAGCGCUUACACCGGCACCGCAGCCCCUCACCCGAGGUCCCGGGGCUCAGCUUUACCACAGAGUCACCCCGACCCGGGCUACGAUGCACCUCACGCCAGAGCGGACUCGCUCUCGGAGAGGGAGCGGCUGAUGAACUUGGAGAAUCAACGCAGAGCGGCUGCACCCGAGUAUCCGUCCUCCUACAUGGAUGUGACCUCGCUGUCCUCCUCUGCCAGAGUGCCUGCUAAGGACUGUUCGGGGGCAUCGGUGCCCUCCAGCUCACCCAAGAUGAGCAGACAUUCGUCCUUCUCCUCCCCCAAGCAUGGAUCAUCUCCGGGGGAUCUCUUCAUCGAGCAACAGUCCCACAGUAUCCUCAGCAGACAGGGCAGCGAUUGGUUCCUGCAGGCCGAUGCAGAGGGCGACACCCACUCCCUCAUCAACUGGCCGUCAAGAAUUAAAAGUAGGGAGAGGCUUGCCAGGGUGGAGGGCCACCAGAGAAACCCGGAGCCUGAAAAUAUACCAGAAGUCCCAAUGCAGCGCCGGCAUCCUCAGCAACAGAGUUCUGCGCGCCACCCCAGGGAACUGCUGGCCGCCCAGCAGGUCUACUCCCAACACCACCAUCACCCACAAGCUCAGCUCAGCCGAUCCAUUCACCAGGGGCCGCAAGACAUUGCAGCUUACCCCACGUAUCUGUCCAUGGCCUCUGGUCCCCCAGCCAGACCCGGGCAGCAGCAUCAGCAGGUCCAGGAAGAGGAGAUGGAGGGGGCUGGGGAUGUGAAGACAGAAGGCCUCUUGAGAAGCAGGAAAGCAGUGCUCCCUUCGGAGAUCCGGCGUAGGGAGAAGAGCACCGAGGACCCGCACAGAGGAAGAGGCGAGGAGGACCUGGGGGUGUCCAGGGUACGGAGCAUCGCCCACGCAAGGGAGGCUGCAGCAGAGGAACCUGCCAGAGGAGGAUUCACGGCCGGCACCAGGAGGGAAGAAACUGAACACAACUCCCGCUUGCAGGCGGCCGAGGUCAGAGCUUUCGAGAGGGAACAUGCCGUUUAUAUUCACAAAGGUCCGACGGCAUCCCACGUCCAGGCCAGAGCAUCACAGGCAGCCCCGGGUGGCUCAACCGCGGGCCUGGAUCAACCGGCGCCCAAUCGGAGGAGUCGGCAGCCCCGGACGCAGGACCCCCGGGACCCCCGGGAGCCCAGGGACCCCAGGGAGGACCAGGGCGUCAGUAACGGAGACGUCCACCAGGACAGCAGGCUGUCCGUGGCCCAGCUCAGGAGUUCGUACAUGGAGAGCGCGGCGUCGCCUCCGAGCGGCCGCAGGAACGAGCUCGGGGUUGAGGGGGACGGGGGACCUGGGGGCUUCCAGGCCCCGUGGAGGUGUGAGAAAGAAAGGGGGCGCAGGCCUCGGCAGUAUAUCUGUCCCGGGGAGAGUAGAAAGACCUCAGAGAGGUUUAGGACGCAGCCGGUCACGUCUGCUGAACGCCAGGAGACCGAUAGGUCCUGCGUGGGUUCAGACUUCGCAUCCACAGAAGCUGACGAUGAGAAAGUCGAUGAACGGGCCAAGCUGAGCGUCGCGGCCAAGCGCUCUCUCUUCAGAGAACUGGAGAAGAGCAUUGACGGGGGACUCCCUAAGCCCCGGUCCAGGAACGCAGCGGUGGACCGGAGACUGAGACGGACACAGGACCGAUCCAGGACCCAGCCGGUCACCACCGAGGAGGUCGUCAUCGCCGCCACUGUCCCCUCUCACGCACCUCAAACGGUGGCUGUUCACUCGGCUGUAGCGCGCGCCGAUAGCCCCACCCUAGUUUCCAGCCUUGCCCCGCCCUACAGCCUGCAGGCAUCCUCGCACCAGCAGAGCUCUGCCGCCCAGCUCCAGGCACGGGAGGUCCGGGAGGUCCGGGAGGUCCGGGAGGUCCGGGAGGUCCGGGAGGUCCGGGAGGUCCGGGAGGUCCGGGAGGUCCGGGAGGUCCGGGACCCCAAGCAGACGUACCCCAUGGAAGUAAAGGCAGAGAGGCAGAGUCAGGAGCACGAAGAACCCGACCUUUGCACCCUGAGCCUGGCAGAAAAGAUGGCCUUGUUCAACCGGCUGGCCCAGCCUCCGACCAGAGUCACCCGCACCAGGGGGGACGCCCGGCAGCGCAGAGCCAACUCCCGCUACCAGACGCAGCCCAUCACCCUGGGAGACAUGGAGCAGGAGCUUUCAGACAUAGACGUGAGUGACGAGCAGGAGCUGAGUGAUAGUCCGGUUGAUCACCUCCAACUUCAAAACUGUACGGGCUCUGGCUUUGGAAACUUCCCCUCAACUCCAUCAUCCUCCGCUCUCCGAGCGGGAGGCACCGUCUCCACCGACCACGCCGGAGACAUCCACAUCACCAGAGCCACGGCUCGCGUGGAGCCCCUCGCCCCCAGCACGCCCUACAACCCGGACGUCUCAAAGUCCCAGGACCGCCACCGGCCCCUGACCUCGCAACAUGGAGAAAAAAACCCCACCGAAGUGACCGCGGGGAAGAGGAGGCUUUCCUCUCCGGAGACGGCGGCCAGGCAGACGGCUCUGCCCCAGCCCCGGAGCGGCAGGGAGAGGUGGGGGGAAGGGGAGGACGAGGAGAGGGUGGAGCAGUGGCUGUCCGGAGGGGGGGGAGAGGACGCUCUGCACAGCCCAGAGAGCCACAGGCUCCACGGGAAGCAGGAGCACAGGGCUCUUCUGAGGGAGGAAGCACAUCUCUGUGAGAGCUACAGAGGCAGAGCCCUCAGCGGAGAGUCGGCCGUGGAAGUGACGUCCAGAGACGCGGCGGGAUCUCCCGUGAGUGAGGAUUGGCCUCCAGCAGGGAGACACGCAGGUGACCCGGCUCAGGCCGAGCUGGGGGACGACAUGAGCGACAUGAGUGACAUGAUGUCAGCCCGACACAUGUCCAUCAGAGAGAGAGUGGCCCUGUUGAAGAAGAGCGGCGAGGACGACUGGAGGUGCCGGAUCAAUAAGAAGCAGGACGUGGCGAAGUGCGCGGCGAGCGAUGAGCACGCUCAGCUCUGGGAAGUGGAGCAGAGCUUCAAGAAGAAGGACGACGAAGCGCCCAUGAUGAUUGAUGACUUUGCUGUGUCCGACCAGCUGUGGGAGCCAGUCUUUGCUGCUACUUUCUCUCCCCUCGAGCCUCCUUUCCUAACCUCCUCCCCCGAUGACACAGCCAGUCAGGCCACCAGAUCUCCCAGACCCACGCAGGUGGAUGAGAGACACCCUUGGAGACGGAAGAGGUUGGCAGAGUGUGACAUGGAGAACCAGGAGCUGGAGAACCAGGACAUGGAGGCUCACAUGUCCAUCCAGGAGAGGAAGCAGCUGAUCGUGGCCCGGGAGGAGGCCUGGAAGAGCAAGGGUCACGGAGUGGCCAACGACUCCACGCAGUUCACUGUGGCCGCACGCAUGGCCAAGAAAGGCCUGGCCUCCCCCUCUGCUCUCCUGUCUCCCGUGUUGUCCAAAGCCAAGAACGGCAGUCCUGCCAUCUCUAAACCACAGGAAGAGAUCAAGGCCGCGCCAGCUCUGAACCUGGAGACGGACCUGAAGCUGGACAAGCUGGAGUCUUUCCUGGGCAGGCUCAACAGUAAAGUGUUCGGGCUAACAGAAGGGACCAUAACUGUGACUGAGAAGAAGGUAAAGGAAGUGAUGACCCUGGAAGAUGAAACUUUUUCGAAAUUCUACCGCCAAGUGGAGGAUCUCCCGGCCAACAGCAACAAGGUGGAAAUAGACGAGGACUUUGAUGCCAUUUUCGACCCUGAGGUGCCGAGGCUGACCUCGGCCAUGGUGCAGCACAAGCGGGCGGUGCGGCCCACAAGGAACGUCCAGGCGUCCAGGAACCCUCUGAAGAUGCUGGCGGCCAGGGAGGACAUCAGACACGAGUACACGGAGCAGCGGCUCAACAUCGGCCUGCUGGAGAGCAAGAGGAUGAAGACGGAGAAGAUGAAUAAGAGUUCGGGUUUCUCGGAAGUGGCUCUCGCUGGUCUGGCCAGCAAGGAGAACUUCAGCAACGUCAACCUGCGCAACGUCAACAUCUCCGAGCAGACGUCAAACAACAGCGCCGUGCCGUACAAGAAGCUCAUGCUCCUGCAGGUCAAAGGCCGGCGGCACAUCCAGACCCGGCUGGUGGAGCCCAGAGCCGCCUCGCUCAACAGCGGCGACUGCUUCCUGCUCGUCACGCCCCACCACUGCUUCGUCUGGGUCGGAGAGUUCGCCAACGUCAUCGAGAAGAGCAAGGCUUCAGAGCUGGCCAACUUCAUCCAGAGCAAGAGAGACCUGGGUUGCCGUGCCAACCACGUCCAGCUCAUCGAUGAGGGCGUCGGCGCUCACGGCCACGCUGCCAAGGACUUCUGGAAGAUUGUCGGGGGACAGUCGAAUUACCAGUCUGCAGGAACGCCGGAUGAAGACGAGCUGUACGAGGGCGCCAUCGUGGAGACCAACUGCAUCUACCGUCUGAUGGAUGACAAGCUGGUCCCGGACGACGAUUUCUGGGCCAAAAUGCCACGCUGUUCCCUGCUCAGACCCAAAGAGGUUCUGGUGUUUGAUUUUGGCAGCGAGAUGUACAUCUGGCACGGGAAGGAGGUGACUCUGGCGCAGAGGAAGGUGGCCUUCCAGCUGGCCAAGCACCUGUGGAACGGCACCUUCGACUACACCAACUGUGACAUCAACCCGCUGGAUCCGGGGGAGUGCAACUCCCUUAUACCCAAGAAAGGCCAGGGCCGACCGGACUGGGCCGUGUUCGGCCGGCUCACCCAGCACAACGAGACCACGCUGUUCAAGGAGAAGUUCCAGGACUGGAGAGACUCCAGGAAGACUCCCAGCCCAACCAACAGCGAGCAAGUCGCUGAUCAAAAGGAGCAGCCCGGGUCAGAGCAGCCCCGCCCCUACGACGCGGCCCUGAUGCUGCCCGUCCACCAGGCCCCGGUCAGCACCCGGCUGGACGGCUUCAGCGUGGGCCGGGGCUACGGCCUGGUGGAGGCCGAGGACUGGCGGAGCUACGAGAUCAGCACGCAGGCCGUGGAGGUGUGGCACAUCCUGGAGUUCGACUACAGCCGCCUGCCGCGCCAGAGCAUCGGACACUUCCACGAGGGGGACACCUACGUGGUCAAGUGGAGAUACAUGGUCAGCACGGCAGUUGGGAGGAGACAGAACCCGGAGCAGCUGAAGACGGCGGGAGCGGGGAAGGAGAAGUGCUGCUACUUCUUCUGGCAGGGCCGCAACUCCACGGUCAGCGAGAAGGGAACGUCGGCGCUCAUGACGGUGGAGCUGGACGAGGAGCGGGGGGCCCAGGUCCAGGUCCAGCAGGGGAAGGAGCCGCCGUGUUUCCUGCAGUGUUUCAGAGGAGGGAUGGUCGUGCACUCAGGAAAGAGGGAGGAAGAGGAAGAAAACUCCCAGAAUGACUGGCGUCUGUACUGCGUGCGCGGGGAGCGGGAGGUGGAGGGCCACCUGCUGGAGGUGGCCUGUCACUGCAGCAGCCUGCGCUCCAGAGUCUCCAUGGUGCUGCUGAGCGGCAGCCAGGCUCUCGUGUACCUGUGGCACGGCUGCAAAUCCCAGCCGCACACGCGAGAGGUGGCGUGCACGGCUGCCAAUAAACUCAAAGAGCAGUGUCCUCUGGAGACGGGGCUCCACUGCAGCAGCAAGGUGACCAUCUGGGAGUGCGACGAGGGAGCCGAGCCAACGGGAUUCUGGGAAGUUCUGGGCAGGAGGGACAGGAAAGGAUAUGACUGCAUGCUGCAAGAUCCCGGCCGGUUCAACUUCACCCCCCGCCUGUACCAGCUUAGCAGCAGCUCGGGGGAGUUUGCAGCCGUGGAGUUCCUCUACCCUUCCAGGGACCCGGCGCAGGUCAACUCCAUGCCCUUCCUGCAGGAAGACCUGUACACAGCUUCCCAGCCAGCCCUUUUCCUGGUGGACAACCACCACGAGGUGUACCUGUGGCAGGGCUGGUGGCCGCAGGACAGCGAGAGCACGGGCUCGGCCCAGAUCCGCUGGGACUCGGACAGGAAGUGUGCCAUGGAGACGGUGCUGCAGUACUGCAGAGAGAAGAAUGAGAAGAAAGCUCCCAAGGCGUAUCUGAUCCACGCGGGCCUGGAGCCGCUCACCUUCACCAACAUGUUCCCCUGCUGGGAGCACCGAGAGGACAUCGCCGAGAUCACCGAGAGGGAGGAGGAAGUGUGCAACCAGAUCAUCCUGGUGGAGGACGUGCUGGCCCAGCUGUGUAAGACCAUGUACCCCCUGGAGGAGCUGCUGGCCCGGCCGCUGCCCGAGGGCGUGGACCCCCUCCGCCUGGAGGUCUACCUGUCUGACGAAGACUUUGAGGGUGUGGAGGCCUAUGAGAAGAAAGCUCUGGACAUGAGCAGAGAGGAGUACGGGACGUUGCCUGGAUGGAAGCAGGUGAACCUGAAGAAAGCCCGAGGACUUUUCUGAAGUGAUGCGAGAGCCUCGGCGGGAUGUUGUUCCGGCUUCUCUGGUUUACGCCGGUGUGCCGUGGAGCUCGGGGGGGACUGCCGCUCCGGAGUUCAGCCCGUUAGUGUCGGGUCAGAGGCCACGCCAGGAGCCGCGACGGGAGCUUCAUGCUGCUCCAGUCUGUGAUCAUGCUUUGCCUGCGAGAAGUAGGACGCAUCUCUGAGUGGCCGUGCUAUUAGUGUUCCUCUAGAUUUACUACUAACGUAUGUACAUAUGUACCAUAUGCAAGAGGGCCAGUGCAGUUCCAUUGUCAGCCUUGCAGCCGUGUGUGGGAGCCACCGCGGGUCUGGCAGCCCGUCGGACUCCCCCUCACACCCUGUUAUACCUGUAUGAAUGUCUGUGCGUUACAAAUGAUUUAUAUUUAUAUGAAACCCACAUAGGAACUAAACACUACUUUAGAUACUAUUGAAUAAUGGAAUAAAGUGUUUGAUGCUGCAGAGAUGUGUGUCCUGUGUUAAGUGCUAGAUGUUAACAGAGCCUGUUGUACAGAUCACCUUUGGCUGUUUACUAAUGAAGCAGCUUUACAUCCAUGCACCACUAUUAUUGCAGGUUUGUCACAUAGAAAGAUUACAGGCUGGAUUACAGAUGAAGGCAGCGUGCGUGUUGAUGGAGUGGCUUCAGUGUAUAGUGCCUUGUUUGUGUACAGUUUAUAUACAGAUCCUAAAAUCCAUUUUACAAGAUUUUUUUUUUGUGCUCUAAAGAACUAUUAGAGAAAUAAACCUUUAAAGUUGG